AUGACUGACAGGAAAAUAUUGGACAAUGAGUUGGAGGUUGUUGAGGGAAUGAAUCUAGACAGGGGCUACAUAUCCCCUUAUUUCGUCACCAACCAGAAAAAUCAGAAAUGUGAAUUGGAAAAUCCUCUAAUCAUAAUCCAUGAGAAGAAAAUCUCAAGUGUUAAUGAUGUGGUUAAAGUAUUGGAGUUGGCUUUGCAGGUUAGCAUUUCUCUGGUUAGAAGCAAAGGCUUGCUGAUUAUUGCCAAAGAUGUGGAGAGUGAAGCACUGGCAACCCUUAUUCUAUAUAAGCUUCAUGCUGGAAUCAAGGUCUGUGCAAUCAAAGCCCCUGGGGUUUUUUGUGAAAAUAGGAAAUCCAGUCUCCAGGAUCUUGCCGUUCUCACUGGGGGUUCUCUUGUUACUGAGGAGCUUGGUCUGAAUCUUGGCAAAGUGGAAUUGGAUAUGCUCGGCACUUGCAAAAAGGGCACUGUAAUUCUUGACUGUGCUGGUGACAAGAAGGUUAUUGAUGAAAGAUCCGAACAGGCAUUCCAUUUGAUGUUAUACAUGAUAUGUCCAGAGACUCAUAAAGCUGAGACCAAAGUCAUUGAGUCGUGUAGGAUGCGAUGA